GAAGACGACAGGUCUGACCUAGCUCCCGUCCCAGCCGCCACCAACUGCCCCCUCGUCGCCUCCCCCUCCCCUUCCCCCUCUCACCACCCACUGAACAAGCAGCUUAUUCACCGCGGCUUGUUUGUCGAUCCUCAGGCUCGCUCGCAAGAUGAAGCGGCUGUAUGUGAAUCUGGUGACGCGGAAUUGGGAGAGUGGGAUUUAUGCACUGCGCCGCCUCAAUCCCGAUGUGCACCUCUUCUACCAGUCAAGAAAUGACGCAAAAGAAGUACUCCCUCCGUUCCAAAAUAGAUGACCCAAUUUUGUACAAAGUUAGUACAAAGUUGGGUCAUCUAUUUUGGAACGGAGGGAGUAGCAGAGAUCAACACGAUGGAUUCUGCAGCAGAUGAUAGCAUCAAGAUGAAAUCAGCAGCAGAUGCGAACAACAAGACCAAGAGAUCCAGUCCAAGGAUGCAUAGCCUGCGGCAGCUGCCUAAACCAAUCGCCAAAUUCGAUCCGUCACCGUCCGGCCUGUGGAUCAAUGACGGCCUGGAGUGGUUCGAGCUCCUGGGCCCCCGCCGCAGCGAAAGCAGGGUCGUCAACGCCAACGUGGCCGGCGACACCGUGCUAUACGACGCCGACGAGGGCAUCAUCCUCAACUUGCCUUCGCUCCACGAGCCCAAGGGAACCAACCCCGUCUGCCUCUCAAUCACCCACCCCGACGCUGAGGAAGACGCUCUCUAUGUCAUGGACCGCUAUCCCGGCCGGGCCCUUGCGCGGCGUAACACUGGCGGUCCUGGCAUGCACUCCUGCUUCGAGGUGCUCGAGUGCAGGCCCAGCUCCAGAUUUCUGGACGACAGCAUGAAGGGGUGGGGUUGGCGGCCUCUCCCGCCGCCGCCCUUCAUCUACGAGCAUGGGUAUGAACCCACCAGGAUCAUGUCCUACACAGUUGUUGGCGAUGGAACUACCUUGUGCAUCUCGUCAGAUAGGAAUGGCAUCGGGACCUACUGCUUUGACACAGUGCGCGCCGAUGAUACCCACCGCUUAGGGUGGGAUUACCGGGAUGAAUGGAGGCACGUUGGGAAUUGGGCGCUGCCCUUCUACGACAAAGCAGAGUAUGUCCCUGAAUUCAAGCUAUGGUUUGGCUUCAGUCCCCCCAGGCCAAACCACCUGUGCGCCGUUGACCUGUCCACCAUGGACCAUGGCCAACCGCCCAUUGUGCAUCAUGUUUGGGAAGAUCUUGAUCAGCCUGAGGAAGAGGACUGGGUACCAACGCAUUUCAGGAUACUGAACCUUGGCUCUGGCAAGUUUUGUGUUGCUAAAAUCAUUAGCGCAGGGGCAACUGGCAUGAAAUUUUCGGUGCUCACUGGCAUCGAGAUGGUGCACGACAAAGAUGAUCAGAGCCUCCGGAUGUUCAAGCACAAGAGUAAACGCUACAUGUUCAGCACGCCAGAUGUAAUCCACUGGGUUAUCUGAAUAAUCUUGCAUGGUGUGCCAUGUUCACUGCCCUAUGGAUGGUGUGUGGCAAUGCUGGCCUGAGCCUUCCGAUCCCCAAGCACACGUUGCAUCAUUCACUAGGUGCAUUGAAUAAUCUAUUAGUACUACUUUUGUUAUGCAUUCCGUUUUAUUAUGCAUGCUUCUAGUCUAUUUCCUGUUUGUAAGAUAUUAUUUGGACAAUGCCAUUAGCCUGCUUGUUUAUGCCAAGUGGGGGGAUUUUCUGAAUCUACACAUGUUACUA